AUGGGUCAGUCUCCAUCGCUCCCCACAGAGUAUGCACGUCUCAGGUUUACUUCCAAUAGUCUACGCAAUACGGUGAUUGAGUGCGAUUCUCUUGGACUGCAUUAUCAACUUUCGACUCCAUUGGAAGGUUUCAAGAAGGCUCGUGUGACGACAUUUUCGCGGUGGGAUGCUCAGUCACAGCAGUACAUCCCAUUCGCCGACUGGGAGAGAAAGUGGUUUGGAAAGGGUCCAAAGGGACGAGUCAGAAUAUAUUCCAAGUGCCAGCUCGCGGAAGAUACCGAUGACAGGUUCGUUUUGACGAAGUAUUUCUUCCCUCGAACAUGGGGUGGUCAAGAUUCCCCACGAUUCAAUCGUACGUUUACAGCCAACAAUGGAAGACAAUAUGUUUGGAAAGCUCGAGACUUUUCAUUGAAGCUAUACUCCAAAGACGAGGAUGUGCCGAUCGCAUCAUACACUGGCCGCCGGUAUUUCAAGAAUGCCCAUAUGCCAUUCAUUCGACUCGCACCAGGCUGCGAGGACAUUUUGGAUUACCUAGUAGUAACUUGUGUGAUAGCGGAGAGGAAACGAAGAGAGGCAAAGAAAAAGUCAUGA